UUUGUUCAGCUCGUUUAUACUCACCCGCCCAAUGAGCGUCGAGGCUUCACUUGUACAAGGCUGGUUAAUCUCUCCGUUUAUUCUGCUGCCUGAAAUUUUGAAGAAUUUAGAAGCAUUGAGUAAGAAAAACAGCCUAGUUGACGACCUCAUGCAGACACCUCAGACACCUCAGCUGUGUUCAGCGAAGAGCAAAGUUACCUUGUAUCAGCCAGUCACUUCCAUAUGGAGGGUUUGCAGUAAACAAAACAGAUGCAGACAUUUCCAAAUCUACUGCCUCUUGCAAUUCCCUUGCAAUUUUGGAAUAAACUGGAAAAAAGGCUGUGCAGAAAUACUUCUUCAACAGAAAAAAACUGCUCCAACCUUCGCACCU